UUGUUGUUAGGCAGGUUGUCAGGGGCAGCGCUCCAGUCGGUUAAGCUAGCAACACGGGAUUAAAGGAUUUUAGGGAAUGAUGACACGUUUAUUCAUCAACGAAAACGACUGUCGCAAUACCUGCGUCUUCACCCUGAAGUGCCCUGUUUAUUUGUGUAAAAGAAGCAGAGAAGACAGCGACGUUUUUGAUCGAAAACGCCAGGGUUUUGCAGAGUGGUUUGCUCCGUAGCUAGCUAGCAUUGCUAACGCCAAGCAGCAAGCUAAUAAUAUCAAACAGCUGUAAAGUGAUAGACAUAGGCAGUAGCGCUACCCUGUAAAUAGAUACCUUCAGUGUGCCAGUGCAGUCAUUUGUUGCGAAAAUGGAAGACUCUCUGGAAGAUUUAUUGGAGCAACAGGAUGGUGACUGCGGCGACGACAAUCAACCAUUGGCCCCCAAAGCCAAGUUUCGCUCCAGUCGGAUGAACAUCCAGAGAAGUAAUGUGUGCUCUCGGGCUUAUUUCGUGGUGGUCAUGGUCUUCUUCCAUGUGUACAUCCUGAAUGUGAUCGGUCUGUUGCUGUAUGUGCAUUACAACAACGGGCCCGGGGAACUUGUCAGUGGAAACGCAGCCCCCUCAGCAUCAGUAAGCGACAGAGGAACCGCUUUACCCCAUGCUGACCCCGCUUCAAGCGAGCUACACGUGGAGGACUAUAGUCACAGUUUCAGUCUCCCACGCAUCGAGGGGAUACGGGUGGGUCAUGUUCAGCAGGUGUCCCUCCUGCCAGACCGAACCCAUGAGAUGAGGACGAUGAGCCUGAAACCUCUGCUGUUUGAGAUCCCUGGCUUCCUGUCUGAGGAGGAGUGCCGUGUGGUGGUGCAGCUGGCUCAGCUCAAGGGUCUGAUGGAGAGCCAGACAACAACACCCAGCAAGGAGCAAGAGGAGUCAAACCAGCCUCUACUUUCUCUCAGCACAGAGGAAGUCUUCAGUCUGUUGGACCUAAACCAGGAUGGGCUGCUGCAGAAUCAAGAGAUUGUGAGUCACUCGCGCUCUCGAGAUGGAACUUGGUUGAACCCAGACAAUUUACGGCAGAUACUCACUGGACUGGAAGCCUGCCCAACAGGGACGAUGACCUUGGAGGACUUUAGGCAUGUUUAUGAUGUGUCCCAACGCCCGGGGCAACAGCAAAGCGGGAAGCCCCGGAGUCAUUUCAAACAGAGAAACAAAAAUACGUGGCUUUACCAAGGCCCAGGUUCCCACCAUGUGCUGCAGACACUCAGGAACAGACUAAUCAGUCUGACACGUCUGCCUUCCACAUUGGUCGAGCUGAGUGAACCUCUGCAGGUGAUCCGCUAUGAAAACGGAGACUUCAGUAAUGCCCACCAUGAUAGCAGCCCUCCUCAAUCAGAGACCACCUGCACACACACACGACUGGCAGGGAACAAAUCUGCUCUCACAGAAGUCUCUUGCCGGUAUCUCACCAUGUUAUUCUACAUCAGCCCUGUAGAGGAAGGUGGGGAAACCACCUUUCCUGUGGCAGACAACCGCACCUAUGAGGAGCAGGCACUGGUACAGGAUGGAGUGGAUUUGACUGACACCAAGGAGACAUGUGGCAGAGGGAACAUAAGAAUAAAGCCUACUGUUGGAACUGCUCUCCUGUGGUACAACCAUCUCUCUGACGGCAGGGGUUGGAUGGGUGAGCUGGAUGAGUAUUCCCUGCAUGGUGAAUGCCCAGUCAGGCGUGGUGUGAAGUGGAUGGCCAACAGCUGGGUAAAUGUGGACCCAGAUCACCAGCAGCAGGCCCGCUACCAGAGACUAGUUGCUAAAAGACAACGAGCUAAGCCAGGCAUGGAAGAGCAUUACCAACCUCUCUCACACAGUGACCUCCACCAGGAUCUAUAGCCUGACCUUCUAAUGACGAAACAAAGCAACAAUAAUUUUUAAAUGAGUCGGUUUUGCAUCUAUGAAGCCAGGGAGGCCUGACAGACCUUUUCAUAAUGUCAGAUGCUGAAGUCAAAAUGAAAAUUGCACAAAAGAGCUUCCCAGAUAUCUUCUCCUUUCAGUGAAUCUAUCUUGCUGUCUCUAAACCCAUCACUUGAAGAACCACAUCACCUUACACAUAAGCAAAUUCCAUUUCAUAAUUAAGUUUGGUGAAUUUAUAUAUAUAUAUAUAUAUAUAUAUAUAUAUAUAUAUAUAUAUAUAUAUAAUAUAUAGAUUUGAUAUAGAAUUGUGGUAUGCAGAAUGCAUUGUUUUUCACAAUUAAUUUCAAUUACAAAAGGGACAACACACUUAUGAAGUAUUUGUUUAUUUAAAUGUACUGCCAUCCUCUUUAAGCUUGUGCUUAAAUCAAAUAUCACUAAUUCACAAUAAUGGAUAUAAGGGUAACGUGAUGUGGGAUGGGAAAGAUUCAGUCAUGUCUAAGAGAUAAUCCUGAUUACCUGCCUUCCUUUACGUUUACUAGGCAAACUGCCCCUGUUGCAGGUCAGUGUUAUUUACGAAUGGAAGGCUUUUGUUUCAAGCCAUAUCACAAUAGAUAUCUGUGAAUGUUGUUACUGAGGGAAAUCUUUGUGAGAUAAUUAAUGUUCUGUUCUUCAGUUUCCAGAGUAAAUGAGCUUCCAUCAUGACAUUUUAUUUAUGAGAGUUUGCUACAUAGACUGCUAAUGACUGUUUUUGACUGGACAGAAGGACUGCUUCUCACACUGACUGUCGGAGGUCAGUCUUUAAGGUGGAAUUCAAACUAAAGGUCUUUCAUAUUCCAAAUAUUAUUUGUCAUAUCCACAAAACUCCAAAAUAUUUAUUUAUUUAUGUUAUAUUUAUUAAUGCCAUUUGGUGAUUUAAGUUAAAGAAUGCAUAUUUAUUACAGCUUGAUGUUGCACUGAGUCUGUGACUGUAUUUUACUGUAUUUGUUCUACAUUAUCAAACCUAUAAAGCAAUGUUUUACAACUGGU